GCGAUAAGAUAAGGUAGGUGUAAGCCUUGGCGUCGGGUUAGCGGGGUGUCCAGUUGAAUGCUCUGGUUGGCUCGAAUUUUCCAAGACCACUUAAACCGCGUCCAUCGCGGACCGCGUCUGGGAGGCGCGAAGUUCGGCCGCCAUAUGUAUCAACCCCCGCAGACAUUGGAUCUUCUUGCAUGUUCAUCCGUCCGAUUCUGCAGCAGUCGGACCUUCACAGACCUGACCGUUGCCGUCAAGCUAUACGAGGGUCAUUGUUGUCGAGGAAUCCAUUAACGCGCCGCGUGGUUCGAUAUUCGAUAACUUCUAAUUCCUAUUCCAAGAUCCAGUUCUUCCCCGGCCAUUGGGCAGGCAUAGCACUGAGUAACAAUCUUUAAGGGUCACUGUAGUCAUUGACUAUGGCAGGCGGCGUCCCAUCCUCACCGGUGGAGAGGUCGGCUGCCUCGAACGCAAGCCUGCUCUCGUCACCUCCCGGAGCCUCGACCAGUCGCGGCAAGGAGCGAAGAAAUCCGUCAAUUACACCUAGGAAGUUUCAACGCUUCUUCACUCCUCGAUCUCGCGUCUCGUCCAAGCCCAGCGCUGCCCGGAAAGCCCUCUGUGAUCUUACCGCCCCGGCUCUCAACCGCUGCCAAACCCCGUCAAGUCCGCUCAAGCCCAUCUCGGAGGAACUCGGCAUGCCCCAUCACCAGGAUUCGCACCGGGGGAAGCGCCGCAAAAUCAAUCACUCGACGCCCGAGAAGCAGCUUAACCAUCUGCCCUCGCCGUUGAAGUCAUCGCCACUCCUCCCAACCGCGGAUCUAAGGCCAGCCUUGAGGAGUCCUUUCCGGAGCCUUAGGUCUCGACAGGCCCUGCAGGAUGGCGUCUAUAGGGAUGACGACGUGCCCGAGGACGACCAAGAGGAGCUGGAGCCCACAGUUGCCGAGCCGAAGAAGCCAGUGCCGCUUCAUCGGCGAGGGUUGGGAGCUCAGCUGGUGCAGAGGAUGACGGGUGCUAUGCGCUUUGCCAGUGAGCGGGCACUUGAAUGCCCUGUUGCUGACUGGAGAACCGAGACGGCAAAUUUCCAAAGCCGCCCGGAAGAUGUUCAUUUUUCGUCUAGCCAUGAGGGAGCUCCCAGAUCCAUCCCGUUCUGCACCGCGACAUGUCAUAAAAACAGCCUCGUUGCGGUGGGCGAUGAGGAGGGCUAUAUACGACUCCUGGACUCGAACAGGGAGUUUUCCAAGAUACACCUGUCGUUUCAGGCCCACGGCAAUGCCAUCAUCGACUUGGCCUUCUCCGAGGAUGACCACCUGUUAGCCACCGCAUCGGGAGACCAGACGGGUAGAGUAAUCGACAUGAUGACUCAGCGGCCCGUCUCGAUCCUCGGCCACCACACCGCUUCCCUGAAGCAAGUGCGUUUCCAACCCGGCCGUGGCUCGGGUUGUGUCCUCGCGACGUCGGGCCGUGAUGGGAGCGUCCAGAUCUGGGACCUUCGCUGCCGGGGCGGACCGGUUCAGGACGUGCCUAUCGUUUCCGAGGCCGAGCUCCGCUACCGUCUGCCAAAGCCGCUCAACCCAGGCUGCGUUGUCAACAGCAUCUACGACGCCCACGCGCGCGCAACGCGGCAAACCAAAGGUCAGCCGGCCGCCUCUAUCUCCGGUGAUGUUGCCCGCCUCGGCGAGGUCCCCGGCCGCUUUGGCGAGGUUUCUGUCACAGCACUCCAAUUCCUCCCACCCGGCCGCGAGCACCUCCUCCUCACCGCCUGCGAAGCCGACGCAAGUAUCAAGCUCUGGGAUAUUCGCGCGGUCCACACAAGCCGGCACCAGAAAGCCAGCACUCCCGUCUCCUUCACCACCCCGCCCGGAGGCCACGCCGCCUUCCGCCCCUUCGGCAUCUGCUCCAUGACCCUCGGCGGCGACGGCACGCGCUUGUACGCGCUCUGCAAAGACAACACGGUUUACGCUUACAGCACCGCUCACCUCGUCCUCGGCCACGCCCCGGAACUGAACCCCGCCCGCCCGGGGGUUGAGCCCCCGCGGGUCCGGCGCCACCACCCGCACGGCACCGCCCACCAAGGCCUCGGUCCGCUCUACGGCUUCCGCCACCCGCUCUUCCACGCGACGAGCUUCUACGUCAAGGCGGCCAUCCGCUCCGCAGCCGACGGCCGGGGCGAGCUUCUGGCCGUCGGAAGUUCGGACGGCGCAGCCGUCCUCUUCCCCACCGACGAGCGCUACCUCCGCGACGUCUGGUCGUCGUCGUCGUCCUCGGAUACAGAGCAGCAGGAAAAUUACUACGUCGGCCAUCCGACCGAUUCCGCGCCGCUCCCUAGACCGGGGCUGAGGUCUGCCGCCGCCCACCCCGCGCUGACGCGGUCCAAUAGUAUGAGCAGUCUGUUUGCCGGCAGGCAGGGGGCGGAUGGGGCGAGGACCCCGAUGGUGAGGGGCGGCACGCCGCUUGUGAGGGGCCAUGGGAAGGAAGUUGGGGCGGUGGCGUGGACGAGCGAGGGGAAGCUGGUCACCGUGGGGGAUGACUUCAUAGUGAGGUGUUGGAGUGAGGACAGGGAGCGCGCGGCGGAUUUGAGGCUUGGUGGCGAGACGGAGGGAAGGAGGUGGGGAUGUGGGUGGGCGGAUGUUGGUGAUGAGUGGGAAGGGGAUCGGGAUGAUUGGUGAUGUCCCGCCUGGUGGUUUAUCGACGGUUUGUCUGGAUGAUUGUUUAUAGGGGCAUGGCUGUUUGGAAGGCAUGGCAGCGGCGCGUUGUUGGUUUUUGUGUACAGCAGGCACGCAUACCAUGGGAACAGUUAUGGCGCAGGCGUUUGGGGUGGUGUUCAGCAGAAUAGCAUCCUGCUUGUUAGAGCUAGCUGCUUGGGCUUCAAGGAGCAGCCAGCGCUGUUCAGUCUUGUAGAAACAGUGAAAGGAAUCGGAAAGCAUCAACCAUGAUACUU